GUCAGAAGAAACCAACAACCUGUGAAGAGCAAACAUGGCCAGCAAAAUGCCUCAACGAAAAGAACCAAACCUCAGGAUGGUGCUUAUUGGGAAAACUGGAGUUGGGAAGAGUGCAGCAGGAAACACCGUCCUGGGGAGGAAACCUUUUGAGUCCAAACUGUCUCCUUCCUCCCUGACGUCAGUUUGUAAGAAGGAACUGGGAGAGUUUGAGGAUCAGACUUUGGCUGUGGUCGACACUCCGGGUCUGUUUGACACCAGCAAACAGGAGACUAUUCUGACAGAAAUAGUCAGAUGCAUCUCAUUUGCUGCUCCUGGUCCUCAUGUGUUCCUGGUGGUGAUCCAGCCAAACAGAUUCACAGAGGAAGAACAGAAGACCAUCAAAAUCAUUCAGACGACGUUUGGAGAGAAGGCAGCGUGUUACACCAUGGUGCUGUUCACCCAUGGAGACGAUCUGGAGGAGGAGAACGUCUCCAUUGAGGAAUUUAUUCAGAAAAGCACACCUCUCCGUGCUUUUGUCAAUCAGUGUGGAGGAGGAUAUCACGUCUUCAACAACAGAAACAAAGAUCCGUCUCAGGUCAGAGAGCUGCUGGAGAAGAUCAACAGGAUGGCUCAGACACACGGAGGAAGCUACUACACAAACGAGAUGCUACAAGAAGCUGAGAGAGCUAUUAAAAAAGCAACUAAGGAAAUUCAGGAUAAAAAUCCAGGUACAGAUCCUAAUGAUGCAAGGAGAAAGGCAGAGGAAGAUAACGAGUUUAUUAGUAAGUCAGUGAAUGUUGGAGCUGUUAUUGGAGGCGUUGGAGGAGUUGCUGUUGGUGCAGGAAUCGCUGCCGGGACUAAGACGGGGGCUGUAGUUGGAUCUUUUGCCGGUCUGGCUGGAGCUGCUGUUGGAGCUGGUGUUGGAGCUUGUGUGGGAUUAGCAGUGGCAGGUAUAGUUGCUGCUGUGGAAAAGGAUGCCUGUGUCAUACAGUGAAUAUGCUUUAAUUAUAAUUAAAGCCAUGUUAUCAUAAACACAUCAAGUUUUUUACUGCUUUUAUUAUUUCACUAAGCAUCUAUGUUUAAUUUUAGAGAAGUGUCACUGAUGGUUGAUGAUGUCAUCACUGAUGACGUCAUCACUGCAUGUGGGGAUGAUAAUGUAAUUAUUGCAACUAAAAGCACGAGUGUGAAACUUUAAUAAAAAUGAUUUUUGCAUAUUUGUUGAACCUGUCACCAUGUCAAGACAUUAUAAGGUGAAGCAGAUAAUCUGUGAAAAGCUCAAACUGUUGCAGUCUGAAGAAAAGCACCACUCACAACCACAACAACCAAUCAGAGACAGAAGGAGGGGCUUAGCGCUGUCAAGCACGCUCAUGCACUCACUGCCAAAUGUGGCAGGAAAAACAGCAUCAUGCUACAGGAAAACAGUUUAUUCAGUUCAUUUAUGGCUGUGAUGAAGCAGAGAGAAAAGGGUAGGAUGUGAGCAGCACAUACAUGAUGGUGAUGGACAGCGAUAAGACCCGCCUCCUGGCUCUGAUUUGUUGUUUCUAAUGUGUAUUUCUGACAGCCUGAGAAACGAAGCUUAGGGUUCAGUUUGUUCAGAUUGUCUCAUACUUUAACUCUUUCAACAAACGUAUAAAAAACAUUUUUCAUAAAAGUUAAAUACUGCUGCUUUAAUGGAGGUCCUUGAUUUCUGACCAAUAUGAUUAUAUUUUUCAUUUUUAUGUCUUAUUUUUAUGUCUUAUGAACCAAAAGUUCCCAUUUAUAAAAUAAGCUGAACUCUGUGCAUCACUAGUUAAUCAGGAUUUAUGUUCAUAUCUUCAUAUUCAGUUAACCAGAACAAUGAGGCCCAUCUGUCAGAUUAAUAAACAUCAUUUUUUUUAUCUCACAGUUCUAUAUUAAAAUUUUUUUUAUUAUUUCAUGUAAUAUUUUGAUUUUAAAUGUCAUGUUUUUAUUGAAAAUCAUCACAAUUCACAGGAAUUAAGGCAUUAAUCCAAACAUUGUGUUUCACUCAGUGAUGAAGUUAUCAGGAUAAAGGAAUAAAUUAACUUUCAAAUAAUAUUCUGGCUUAUUAAAUAUGGCUGAAUCUGGAAUUUUUGUAAUGACUAAAUUAACUGAUUUCAUGUUUCUGUGUAAACUGUAUGUUUGUGCCUUGAAGACAUUUAACUAGAAAGAUUCUAUGUACAAUAAUCUGUGUGAAACAUGUUAAUAAAAGCUUUUUUUUCA